UGUUACUUUCUCUAGCAAUACACGAGAAGACCAGCUGGGGGAGCCACCCGGAUAGUGUACUCAGCCACAGGGGCAAGGUUCUGUUAUGUGGAAUAUUCAGACAUAUGACAAGGCAUUUUUAUUGCAGCGCGCUCGCCAUCCAUUUCUUGCGCGUUUGUGCGCCAUGUAGUGACUUUCGGAGAGUAAUGGCAUUUUGCCCGCACGGCAGUGGCAACUGACUGGAUACAGAAGGUGUGUUUUGGUUGAGGGAUAACGCGCAGGUCGUAACGUUGACAGGCGUGGCGGUGGGCAGGACCAGGCUGCCUGAACGACGGCAAACACGGGGGAUGCGCUGCGAGCGGGAGACGUUAAAACCUCACCAGUCAAGUGAUAUAACAAUUCAGUGUCUGGAAACAGCGCUGUUAAUGUUCAGUUUUCUAUUCAGUGUGAUUACGACAAAAUAGUCAGUGAGCUUCCUGCUGUUCACAAAUCUACUGUCGUACCAAGCAUCUCGAGAAGGCUACAUGCUUAGAGGGCAAGGCGUUGGAGGAUGCUCUGAGCUAAGCUCUCUCCUAUCUCCCCGUCUUAGCACUGUCCUCCUCCUCUGAGCCACCCCACCCCAGCCUGCCCCACCCCACCAUGAGCACCUCCUCCAGCCCCAAGGGGCCCUCAGGCCAGCAGAGCCCCACUGACGGAGAGGGACCCGACACCGACACCACCAUCCAGUCACCCCAGCCGUCCACUCCCUCCGCCAGCCAGAAGAAGCGCAUCUCCAGCCUCCUGCAGAGUCCAUCUUUCAGAGAGGAGCUGGAUGUGUUGAUCCAGGAGCAGAUGAAGAAGGGGGGCAGCGCCUCCAACCUGUGGGCCCUGAGGCAGAUCGCUGACUUCAUGGCCACACAUGGCUCUCCCGCCGGCCUGCCCGUCUCUCCAUCCACCUCCACCAUGGUCACCCCCAUCAACGACAUGCACGGCUGGGAGCCCAGCUCCUUGGUGAAGGGGGAGCGGCUGAUGCGCUGCAAGCUGGCCAGCGUGCACCGUCUGCUGGACCUGUACGGCUGGGCCCAGAUCAACCACGCCUGCCUCACGAUACGCGUGAGCAAAGAGCAGGAGCACUUCCUGGUGCUACCGGACGGUCUGGCUUACGGAGAGGCCACCGCCUCCAACCUGGUGAAGGUGAAUGUCCUGGGGGAGGUGGUGGAGAGGGGCAGCACCACUCUGGGCGUGGACCUGGCCAACUUCAGUCUGCACUCGGCCAUCUACUCGGCCCGGCCCGACGUCCGCUGCCUGCUCCACCUCCACACGCCGGCCACCGCUGCGGUGUCUGCUAUGAAGUGUGGCCUGCUGCCCCUGUCCCAUGAGGCUUUGCUGGUGGGCGAUGUGGCCUAUCUGGACUACAACGGCCUGAUGGAGGACGAGGAGGACCGCGUGGAGCUGCAGAAGAGCCUGGGGCCCACCUGCAAAGUUCUGGUGCUGAGGAACCAUGGCAUCGUGGCGCUGGGGGAGUCCGUGGAGGAGGCCUUUUAUACCAUCUAUCACAUCCAGGCUGCCUGUCAGAUCCAGGUGUCAGCGUUGUGCUGCGCUGGAGGAGAGCAGAACCUGAUCAUGCUGGACCGCUCCACCCAUAAGCCCAACCCCACCGGCACCGUAGGCUGGGCUGGCUCCACCUUCGGUCCACUGCAGAGGACCCGCCUGGGGGAGCACGAGUUCGAGGCCCUGAUGAGGACCCUGGAUAACCUGGGCUACCGCACGGGCUACGCCUACCGCUUCCCAGUGCUGCUGGAGCGCUCGAGGACGAAGCGGGAGGUGGAGAUCCCAGCCACCGUCUCGGGCUUCAACUUCAAGGAGGACGGAGGAGGAGGCCCCCACCAGCGCCUGCACCCCCACGCACAGAGGCAGCAGCAGGAGCGCACACGCUGGCUCAACACCCCCAACCUCUACCAGAAGGUCAACCAGGAGCAGGCCAGCCCGGGCCAUCAGCGCACCACGUGGCUGAAGGCGGAGGAGAUGACCCAGAGCAGUGGGAUGGCCAUUAAGAUUGAGAACUCCAGUCAGUUCGUCCCACUCUUCACCAACCCACAGGAAGUGCUUGAGACCAGGAACAAGAUCAGGCAACAGAAUCGGCAGGACAUGAAAACGGCUGGGCCACAGUCACAAGUACUUGCGAGUGUCAUCACAGACAACACUCCGCCGUCUCCAGAACCCGCACCGAUUCCCAGCACACCAGAACCCGAACCUCCAAACCCGUUUAACGAGCUGACAGACCAGGCAUUGGAGGACUAUCGCAAGGAAGUAGAGAGGAAACAGGAGGGAGUAGAAACCGGUGGGGAGGAGGCCAGUGAAGCUGGGACUCCCCCACCUUCCUCCCCCACCAAAGAGAUCCCUUCUCCCAGCAAACCUCCACCUGAAGAUGGCUCGAAACCCGCCGAAGCCAACGAGGUGGUGAAGAACGGUGGAACUGCGGCAGAGGACGUGGAAGAGAAGCAGCAACAGGAGGAGCUGGAGAAAGACAUGAAGGCUCUCACCACCAACGACACCACCACCGCGCCCCCCGCCACCCCCACCAACAAGCCCGCCGGAGGCAACACCCCCGAGGGCUCGCCCUCCAAACAGUCGCCCUCCAAAAAGAAGAAGAAGUUCAAGACUCCUUCGUUCCUCAAGAAGAGCAAGAAGCAGAAGGAAGAGAAGAAGGUGGAGGCCAAGGUGGAAACCUGAGGGGCUUUGGGGUGUGCUGAAUGAUCCUGGGGCUGGUGUUCAUGCCCAGACUACUCACUCACAGACAAUACGACCCCUUUUUUAGUGAUGGGCAACAUGGAUUCGUAAGCUACAACCCCGUGCCACAUAUUCCAAAAUGACCUGGUUUUACCUGUGCAACUAGGGCAUUUAGAUAGGUGAAGACAGAUCUUUUGGAAUAUGUGACACUGGAUUAUGGCUUCCGAGUCCAAGUUGUCCAUCACUGUUUUUCACUCUCACAUACAGAAACACAUGCAUAUUCAUCUUCUUUCAUCUUUCACGUCAAGAAUAUUGUAAACUCCCUCACUCGCGUACUCACUCACGAUUGAUACACAUCUCUUGGUAUUCCCCUUCCCGCAUCACAUGUCCCUCUCUCACACAGAAGCCUACUAACCACACAGCAAUGUCUUCUUCUCCUCCUCCCAAAUGGAAUGGUUGCAUUCCAAGUGGACUUCACAGCAGACAACAACACACACAAAAAUAUUGCAAACGAAUGCAGCCCGAGAACAAACCAACAAGAAGACACACAAAAAACUGCAAACUGUAAACAGCAAAUGUCCCAAAUCAACAUUAACCUUUCAUAGCAUAACCCAUGCACUUAACACUUGUUUUGAAACAAAAAAGAAUGUUACUUAAAAAAAAAACACUCACAACUUUGUUUGUCCUUACUACUCAUUCACUUGGUGGUGUCAGACAUAGGAUGCGUGCUAUACACAGGUUUUUAGUUAUCGUGCAGGUGUACUCCUUCGCCUUUGAAUUGAUGGUUGAGUGAUAUUCAUGCUUGAUCUGCAGGGAUAAGUACAAAUAAUAAUAAUAAUAAUACAAAAAACCCAGAUGAACCAGAAUAAUGAACUCUGAAUAUGAACGUUAAUCUUGGCUUUUGGGGGUCAAUGAAACAAAUAAAAAUAAAAAAGUGCAGUUUUAAACUGUCCAGAUUGACUGAAAGCCCAACUCUGAACGGCACUAAACAUUCCACUUCCUUCUUUUUUUAAAUGAAAAAAGAAAUGUAUGUAUGCAAAGCGCUCCUCACAGCUGUACUUAUUUUUAUGGUCUGUUAACUAUUAUUUAAAUGCUUUUGUGUCUAUAUUUGCUGUUUGAAAAUAUUCAUGUCAUAUUAGAAUGUAUAGUGCUAACUGCUAGGUUCAAAAUGUACCAACCAUUAAAAAAAGGAAAG